CUUUAAGCAAGAAGCACUUAUUUUAAAAGUUCAGCCAAACAGCGUCAAAAUCUAUUUUACUCUGAUUUUAUCUCUGAUUUUUCUUUAAAUAACCAAAAUAUCGGGGUUAUCAUGUUCAUUUUUUUUUUAAAUAUCGGAGUCAUCAUGUUAUUCAAAAUAUUAUCGUACCAACAAUUAUAUAUUAAUAUUAUUUUAAAGAACGAUGUAGGAGCCUACUGUAACCCUUAAUCCUUAUUGCGUUUAAAAUGCUUUUUCGGCCUCUUGGUUGAUUAAUUUUUACGUCAAAAUGAGUGCUUGUGAGAGUACCCUGUGCACAUAAGUCAUUUGAUGAAAUGCAUGAACGAGAUGCGAUAUGUUAUAACUUAUUUUACGCUGAUUGUUUGGUUUGUGCUGAAUUUAAGGGAUUGAUGCAAUAAGAUGUUAAAAUUCUUCUCAGCAUAGCAUGUAUCUCUGAGAAAUGGGGAAGAAGACCACAUUUAAUAAGCAAAAAUAUGAUAUUCCUAAUUUACCUCUUAAGCAUAAGGGUAAUUUUCCAGGGAAGAGUUCAAAUUUGUGACACUAACAUAAGUUAAGGAUGUGUAAUGCAAUUAUUAGAAGUUUAGAUAAUAAAAUGCAGUUGGUGUAAACCGCGUUCGUAGUUGCUGGUCUGGUUUCAGUACUGGUAAAAUGCAGUUGGUUUAAUGCUUUAAAAUGCUGGUCUGGUUUCAGUAGUAGGUUGUCUGAGUAUAUCACAAUUUGAAAUAGGUACUAAAGAUGAAUCUCGACAUAUUUUGUAAAAUUGCAUUGCCUGUAUUUUGCUGUACUUGCCCUCUUAGUCUCUUACCAGUACUGAAUGUGUCCAUAAUGAUCAUUGAUUGUUAGAUAUAUGAUAGUAUAAUUGUUCAGAUAGUUUUUAAUGCCGAUAGGACUCGUUUACAGGAACAAAUUGCAGAAAUGUGUUAGCGCUAACGUGGUGCUUCCCCCUUGCAAUGAGCAAUUUCUUGUAGAUUUUCAGCAGCUCCUGUACCAGUUUUCUGAUCAGGAGCAGCUGCGGUUGAUGGUAGAAUCUGUUCUUAUUUCUCUGGUCAUUCAGUGCAGUAAUCAUGCUCCCCGUGCUGAAUUUCUUGUAUAUGCUAUACAAAGAUUGUGCAGCAUAGGUUACAUUAAUUUCGAUACUUUUCUUAUGUCACUUCUUUCUUCGGUUACCGCUGCCAAAUCGUCAAUUUGUCAGGGCAUAAGUAAUUUGCACCAAUUAAGUUGCAAAAUAAUAUUAAAUGGCCUUAAAUUUGACUUGAAGCCUGCCACUCAUGCUGAGAUUUUUUAUCAUAUGCUGAAUUGGUUGGAAAAGUGGGACCAAGGACAGCAGGAACGUAAUGAGUCGAAUAGUAUGAGGUCCUGGAAUCCUGAUAGGUCCGCGAUUGUAUGUCUUCACAGUUGUUUAGAUGUUAUAUGGCUAUUAGUUGAAGAUGACAAGGGUCGUGUGCCAUUUUAUGAGCUACUGCGUAAUUGCUUACCAUCUAUAGAACGCUUACCUGAUGAUAUGGAAUCCUUCACAAUCAUUUUGGAGAUUCAUAAGAGGCGAGAUAUGCUGGCUAUGCACAUGCAAAUGCUAGACCAACACCUCCACUGUCCUAGCUUUGGGACUACCCGGUGUAUCCCCCAGGCCAUGACAAAUAUAGCAACUCAUCAAGCGAAAACCACAAGAUAUUCACCAAUCACAUAUCCAAGUGUGUUUGGGGAGCCAUUACAUGGGGAGGAACUUGCUGAUAUUAUUGGGAAGGGGACUCUAGACUGGGAUAGAGCAAUGCGUUGUAUUAGGCAUGCUAUGCGUAAUACUCCGUCACCUGAUUGGUGGAGACGUGUGCUUGUUCUCGCUCCUUGUUAUCAGAAGCAACCUCAUGCUCCUGCUUUCGGUGCUGUCUUUACUAGUGAAAUGAUUUGCGAGGCAGGGUUAGAUAGAGUUGCUGAACUUCUGAAGUUGACAAAUUCAGUUCCAGAUGUAGAUUCAUGGCACGAGUGGCUUCGGUUUGCAGAGUUAUUCCAUUUUCUCAUAAGGUGUGGGGCCCUAGAUGUUUAUGAUUUUGUGGACAAGUUAAUGGCACGCCAUGCAGACCACCAGCUUGUUAUUAAAACAAAUCAUGUCACAUGGUUGCUGACCCAAAUUCAGCAUGAGAAUGUCCUGCAUGCUUCAAGUACAAACCCUAAAAAGGCAGAGACUGCAGCCUCGAAAAUGCUGUCCUUACAUAAAGAAGGGACAAGCUCUGAUCAUAGCAGUCCAGAAAGUAUCCUUCUCGAAUAUAUAAGCAGUUGUCAAACUCUUCAAUUGUUGUCACAGUAUACAGCACUCAGAGGAGUUAUAAAUGCUGAGCACAUUCAUAAAGCAGAACAACAAAAAAUUGAAUGGUUGAGGCAGGCAAGCGAAGGGGAAUCUAUGAUAGAUUACCUGAAUAUGGAUGACAGAUCAACUGGCAUGUUUUGGGCUCUGUCUUAUGUGUCGGAGCCACAUGCAUGCGAUACUGUGAUCAGUUGGCUGAAAUUGGGGGGAACAGAAUUGCUAUCAGCAUCCCAUCUACAGUCCAGCGAUAGAAUCACGAUGAUGCGAGAGGUUGUCCCUGUGCCAGUGUCACUCUUAUCAGGGCUUUCACUACAUAUGCGUGUAAUAUUGGCCUCUCAGCUGGAAGAAACUAUGUUUAGUGGGAAGGUUGUGGCCAGUAUUGCAUUGGUUGAAACAUAUGCGAGAUUGUUUCUCAUUGCACCCCAUUCACUGUUCCGUACACAUUUCUCUCAUCUGACAAUAAGGUAUCCAUCCAUGUUACGUGAACCGGGUCCAUCUCUUUUGCUGCUUGAACUUCUAAAUUACCGAUUUCUUUCACUCUACAGGUAUGUAGGAAAAAAUAAAACCUUGAUGUAUGACACAACAAAAAUAAUUGCUUGCCUGAAACGAAAACGCGGAGACCAUCGCACUUUUAGAUUGGCAGAAAACUUGUGCAUUAAUCUUCUUCUGUCACUAAAAGAAUUUUUUGCUGCAAAGAAGGAUCAGGAGGGUCCUACUGAUAUCACGGAAACUUUGAACCGCAUAACUAUCAUGUCACUUGCUAUCGCCAUCAAAACACGUGGAGUUACUGAUGCUGACCACCUUCUUCACCUUCCGCCAAUGAUUGAACAGAUAUUAGCGACCAGUCAGCAUACAUGGUCUGAAAAAACUCUCCGUCAUUUCCCUUCUUUGCUGCGUAAUAACUUGAUUGGGCGCACGGAUAAGCGGGGCAUAGCAAUACAAGCCUGGAAGCAGGCUGAAAAGACUGUGAUCAAUCAGUGCACCCAACUUCUUCCACCAGAUGCUGAUCCUUCUUAUGUAGAGACUUACAUUAGUCAUAGUUUCCCUCAACACCGGCAAUAUCUUUGUGCUGGAGCGUGGAUACUGAUGCAUGACCACCCUGAGGAUAUCAACAGUGCUAAUCUUGCACUUGUCUUGAGAGAAAUUUCCCCUGAAGAAGUUACAGCCAAUAUAUACAAUCUUGUUGACGUUAUUUUUCAUCACCUUCAAAUGGAGCUCCAGCGUCAGCAGCCCCUGCAGGAACUUUUGAAAAAAACUUGUGCAAACCUGGCGUAUUUAAUUUUCACUCAUGAACUGGUGCCUCUAGAUAUAUUGCUUCUAGCAUUAAUUGACCGCGAUGAUGAUCCCCAUGCUUUGAGUAUUGUGGUUAGUCUACUUGAGAGUCCUGUGCUUCAAGAGAAAAUAAAGGUUUACAUUGAUAAUUGUGGGGGGCCUGAACAUUGGCUUUUCUCUGGAACUUUUAAGCGUGGGGAACUGCAGAAGGCUCUUGGAAACCAUUCGUCUUGGAAAGAAAGGUUUCCUCCAUUCUUCGAUGAUAUUGCUGCACGAUUGCUUCCUGUCAUCCCCUUAAUAAUCUAUAGACUUAUUGAGAAUGAGGCCAUGGAUGCAGCUGAUAGAGUUCUUCAGUUGUAUUCCACAUUUGUUCAAUACUAUCCUCUACACUUUACGUUUGUUCGUGAUAUUCUUUCAUAUUUCUAUGAUUAUCUCCCAAGAAAGCUCAUCCUCAGAAUUUUGAAUGUGCUGAAUUUUAAAAAGAUCCCUUUUUCCAAGUGUUUACUUUUGCAUGUCAAUGCCUCAAAUGCUGUGACGUCUCCCCCACUGGAGUACUUCACUGUUCUUCUCUUGGGCAUCGUGAAUAAUGUCAUUCCUCCUCUUAAUAAUUUAAUAUAUGGACCUGGGGGAGAUGUUCGUGUUCCAGAUAACAACAUACCAAUGUCAUCUCAGGCUGGCCCUUCAUUUGCAUUUAAAGGCCGGAAAGCCUUUUAUCAAAUUCCAGACCCUGGAACCUAUGCGCAGCUAAUUCUUGAAACGGCAGUGAUAGAGAUACUAUCACUCCCUGGACCUGCAUCCUAUAUCAUCUCAACACUUGUUCAGAUUGUUGUUUAUAAACCACCAACUCUAAUUCAAACCAGUAACUGCCUACAUGGAAUAAGCCCCUCCAAUCUUCUAUCCCAGAGUGGUUAUACAUCCCAGCAGUUACCCUGCAUGCUAAUUCAAGCUUGUGGUCUUCUAUUGGCACAGCUUCCUCAAGAGUUUCAUGCACAGCUUUAUACUAAAGCAGCGCAAGUAAUAAAAGAUAGUUGGUGGUUUGUUGAUGGCGCAGCCUCUACUGGGUUUGAUGUUAGCUAUGCUUUGCAAGAUCCAACCCAGGCUUCUAAUGACAAUACCUGCACACCUGUUGGUAAUGUGGUGUCCUUGCUCCACUCUUUCUUUAGUAACCUUCCACAGGAAUGGCUAGAGGGAACAAAUCUUAUCAUAGAACAUCUCAGGCCUGUCAAAUCGAUUGCGGUGCUAAGAAUAGUGUUCCGUAUCAUGAGCCCUCUGCUUCCUAGAGUGGCCAAUUCCCGCAGUCUGUUCACUAAGAUGCUCUUGAUGCUCUUAAAUGUGCUGGUGGAUGUGUUUGGGAAGGACUCACAGCCGUCGUCUCCAGUGGAAGCUGCAGAUAUAAUAGAUAUCAUCGACUUCCUACAUCACAUCAUCCUAUAUGAAGGGCAAGGAGGACCUGUUGAAGCGACCAGCAAACCUAGAGCAGAAACCUUGGCUAUGUUUGAAAAAAUGUUGGAAAAAUUACGUCCAGAUGUUCAGCAUCUUCUUUCUCACUUGAAAACCGACGUGAAUUCUUCCAUUUAUGCUGCUACUCAUCCAGAACUGGUCCAGAAUGCCAUGUAAAAUAAUGAAUUUUCAAAGUAGAAACUAAUUAUAGACUGCUGACUAGGUGCCCUUGUGUGCUGGCGCGGUUUUGUUAAAGUUUGUAGAGCUAUGCAUUCUCAGAGUAGGUUUCAAUGUUCUGCAAGAUUGAAUUUAGUCCUUUUCCGUUCA